ACAUUACAAAGACAUGGAUAAGCGCGGGCACGGCACUAAAAUCCAAUGGCUCAUUCGUAAUUUAACGAAUAAACCCCUGGUUUUCCGCCAUUUCACACCCGCCUAAUUCAUUUUCUUUUCUAUUUCUACUUCUUCUUUUGCUUAAUCCCAACUUCGGGGAUUAACAAACAAACAAACAAACAUUCUUCAAACUUCAAUUACAAACACAAUCCAAUUAGGGUUUCGUGUUGAUCCCCCAAACCUCAAUUCCCCUUUCUCGUUUCGUUUUUACUUUUCUUUAAACCCUAAUUUGAACUUCAAUACCGAAGAUUCAGUAUCUCUCUGGUUUCAAAUUUUGAGUUGCUGUUAUGGGCGCUACGGAGAAAUCGCAGACUAACGUUAAUUCGUUACAGCGUGUGAAGGUCUACCGUCUGAAUGAUGAUGGAAAAUGGGAUGACCAGGGCACUGGGCAUGUCACUGUUGAUUAUUUGGAGCGAUCAGAAGAGCUGGGUGUAUUUGUUUAUGACGAAGACGACAACGAGACUAUACUUUUGCAUCGCAUAAUUUCUGAUGAUAUUUACAGAAAACAAGAAGAUACAAUUAUUUCAUGGAGAGAUCCAGAAUAUGCCACUGAACUGGCGCUCAGCUUUCAAGAACCUGGCGGAUGCUCUUACAUAUGGGACAAUAUUUGCAAUGUGCAAAGGAAUAUGCAUUUUAAUACUUUAAAUAAUGAGGCAUUUCACAGUGUAAACAGUGAGUUGAGGGAGUUGCCUGCAGUUGAGUUGUUGACGCUUCCAUUGAUUCUUAAGACCGUGGUCGAGAGUGGCAUUACGGAUCAGUUGCGACUUACAGAAUUAAUUUUAACUGAUCAAGAUUUUUUUCGGAAGCUCGUUGAAUUGUUCAGAGUUUGUGAAGAUUUGGAAAAUACUGAUGGCCUUCACAUGAUUUUCAAAAUAAUGAAAGGGAUCAUUUUACUUAAUAGUACACAAAUUUUUGAGCGAAUGUUCAUUGAUGAAUUUAUAAUGGACAUAAUUGGUGCUCUUGAAUAUGAUCCAGAGGUUCCUCAUGUUCAACAUCAUCGUGAAUUCUUAAAGGAGCAUGUUGUUUUUAAGGAGGCCAUACCAAUAAAAAAUUCAAUUGUGUUAUCAAAGAUACAUCAAACAUAUAGAAUUGGUUUUUUGAAGGAUGUUGUUUUGGCCAGAAUAUUAGAUGAGGCAACUGCUGCAAAUCUCAACUCUAUGAUACAUGCAAACAACGCCACUGUUGUUUCUUUAUUAAAAGAUGACAGUACAUUUAUCCGGGAGUUGUUUGCUAGGUUAAAAUCUCCCACUACCUCUCUUGAAUCAAAGAAAAAUAUGAUCCAUUUCUUGCAUGAGUUUUGUGGUUUAAGCAAGAGCUUACCGAUGGUACAGCAGCUUCGACUUUUUAGGGAUAUGGUAAAUGAGGGCAUCUUUGACACUGUCACUGAUGUCUUGCAAAGUCAAGAGAAGAAGCUUGUGCUUACUGGAACAGAUAUUCUCAUUCUCUUCUUGAAUCAGGAUCCUAAUCUUCUCCGGUCUUAUGUGGUUCGACAGGAAGGAGUCACACUUCUUGGAUUGUUGGUUAAAGGAAUGAUAACAGAUUUUGGAGAUGACAUGCAUUGCCAGUUUCUUGAUAUUCUUCGUAUUCUUUUAGACUCGUGCACAUUGUCUGGCGCACAGAGGGACACUAUUAUUGACAUUUUCUACGAGAAGCAUUUGGGUCAACUGAUCAAAGUGAUAACAGCAUCGUGUUCUCCAGAGAAUGUUGCUAAUGCGAACAACAAAUCCAUAGAUCCUGACCAAGGAGACCAAAAUCACAGUGGGACAAAGCCAGAGAUUCUAUUGAACAUAUGUGAACUACUAUGCUUCUGUGUUCUACACCACCCAUACCGGAUAAAGUGCAGUUUUCUUCUGAAUAAUGUGAUUGAUAAAAUUUUGCUACUGACAAGAAGAGGAGAAAAAUAUCUGGUUGUUGGUGCUAUUCGGUUUGUGCGUACCAUUCUCUCACGUCAUGACGAGCAUCUGAUAAAUCAUUUUGUUAGGAACAACCUUCUCAAACCCAUUGUAGACAUCUUUGUUGCUAAUGGCAGUCGCUACAAUCUGCUCAAUUCUGCUGUUCUCGAACUUUUUGAGUUUAUUUGCAAGGAGCAUAUGAAAAUAUUAAUAAUAUAUAUAGUUGAUUCUUUCCGGGACCUGUUAGUGAAGUUUGAGGAUUUGGCUACCAUUCAUUUACUGAAAGUAAAAUAUGAGCAGUAUUUGGAUAAUGAUGGGGCAAAAGGCACUGUUACAAAUGAUCUUCGAAGACGGCUUGAGGAACGGGCUUUAGAGAAAGAAGAGGAAGACUACUUUAAUGAGGACAGUGAUGAUGAGGACUCAACCUCCACGUCUAUUUCACGUAAUCAGAAAGAGCAGCAGCAACGUGUGUUAUCCAAUGGAGCUGCUGCAAGCCAGAAAGAACAGCAGCAGCAACGUGUGUUAUCCAAUGGAGCUGCUGCGGGCCACUCUGAUUUAAGUCCGAGGUCUGGUGGACUAGUUGACUAUGAUGAUGAUGAAGAUGACGAAGAUUACAAGCCACCCCCAAGGAAACAGCCAGAAACUUCUGAAGAGGAUGAAGGGGUAAUGGAGUCUCUUGGAAUGAAAAGGAAGUUGCCUUUGAAGGAAAAGGAGAUGGAUCUCGAACAUAAGCAGAAGAUGUCUAAAAGUUCAAAAUCAAAAGAUGUUUUUGCUGCCUUAUGUUCAACUUUGAGCCAUGCUGUACUACCUGGUAAUAAAACUGCAAUCAAGGAUCAUACUGGUCAUUCGACGGUUGAUGGGAAGAUGAGCUCAACUGAAGACAAUGAAGAAAAGGAGAUAAAUGUUUCUAAAAUCUGCUCUGAAAAAAGCAACACAACAGCUGAAGUGAACCAUGUAUAGUAAUAGUUGCUUUUCUGUAACAUUCACCAGCAAUAAUUAAUUAACGUUUAUUUUCCUUGUCACCGAUUUUUUAUCUCUUUCAGCUCAUUUUUCAUAAUUGCUGCUAGAGAAUUCUAAUUGGGGGGUUAAUCCUGUUAUCAUAAUCUUGUAGUUUUUAAGUUAUAAGGGCACCAAUAUCUGCCCUACACAGGUUUUUAUUUUUUUGUCCCCCCUAAGUGAUAUAGGGAUAUCUGCAGUGUGAUUGUAGACCCAAAUUAUCACAGAUAUAGUAGUAAUAGUAGUAGUUUACGUGCAGUUAACAUAAGUUACAAUGGUUGGCUUUCUCCAUUGUUCUGUCCAUAAUUUUGUAAAACUCUAGUUGUGACUACCUCAGAGUCAUGGACCACAUAACUCUUGUUUCUUCGGUGCUACAUAUUCUGAACUGUAUUGGAAGCUCUCGCCUCUCUAAAACUGGCAUUAUGCUGCAGGGAGAGUUUACAAUGCUCA